AGCAGUCACCUUAAAAAGCACUACUGCACUGGCUAGAAGCUUAUGUGCUUGUGUGUCCACAAUGAAUGCUUUUGAGUACCAAAGGGACCGAGAUGCUGUUGAGAUGGUGUGCCAGCAAGAUGAGAAGGCUGACUGGAACAGACAUAACCUACUCAGGGCAGACUUCUCCAACUCUGAACAGAACCCGGAAGACUCUGAGACAGCUAAGAAUGUAACUCAAGGGACAACAAACACAAAAAGAAAACAUGCAGAAGAGAAGCAUCCCAAAUCAUGCUGUUUCACUCUUAACUGUUGUGGCAAGAACAUUCACAGCAGUAUAGCAGUUUCAGAGAGAACAGGAACAGGAAAGAAACCUGCUUGUGCAGGUCUUGGCUUAUUCUAUGCAGCAGUUACAUCACUGUUUUUAUCACUCGUUGCUCUUUUAGCAAAGAAAAUUGAAGGAAUUAAUGCAGUCGAAAUUAGUGCGAUCCGUUGCUUCUUUCAAUCGAUUUUCUUAUUACCGGUUCUAAUAUAUAAUGAAAUAGAACUCACUGGACCACAAGGUAAAAGACUGUAUCUGUAUCUACGAGGAAUUCUUGGUGCUAUGGCAAUGAUAUCACUGUUCUAUGCGAUUCAGCAAAUGCCGUUAGCAGAUGCAACGGUAAUAAUGUUCAGCAACCCUGUCUUCACUGCACUAUUUGCCUGGCUAUUUUUGAAGGAGAGAUGUACAAUCUGGGAUUUCAUUUUCAUGGUCUUUACAUUAACAGGAGUGGUCCUCAUUGCCAGACCUCCAUUCCUAUUUGGUUCUCACAUAUCCGGUGUUGAAGGAGACUAUACCAAUCACCUUAAAGGAACAUUUGCUGCAAUUUUCAGUGCUGUAAGUGCGGCCUUAGCGAUGAUCAUUAUCAGAAAGUUGGGGAAGUCUAUCCAUUACUAUCUGUCGGUUUGGUAUUAUGCUAUUAUUGGGUUACUUGAAAGCAUUCUUGUACUUGUCAUAAUAAAUGAUUGGCAACUUCCUUCCUGUGGAACAGACAGAUUACUCCUUAUGUCAAUGAGCCUGCUAGGCAUAGGAGGUCAGUGUUUUCUCACAAAGGCCUUGCAACUAGAAAAAGCAGGUCCUGUAUCCCUGAUGCGGACUCUGGAUGUGGUGUUUGCUUUCGUAUUCCAGUUUAUUUUUCUAAACAGAUCACCCUCGUGGUGGAGUAUAGGAGGUGCAUUGUGUGUAACUGCUAGUACUACAGGGGUUGUUAUUCAGAAAUGGUACACCACUUCAACAAAAGCUAAACAAAACGAAUUAUAAUGUCAAUUUAUGGAUUCUUCCAUGGUAGAUGAUCAGCUGCAACAGCACAAAUAUUGGACUUCUAGAAUUUAAGUUUAGAGGUUUAAUAAAAUAUUUUAUACAAAUACUGUUUUUAUACGAAGGUAUAUUGCCUAUUAGGAUAGUAUAUAAAACAAUCCCAUUGGGCAAUAUUUAUUAUUAUUAUUAUUAUUUAUAUUUAUUAUUAAUGUUAAAAUAUGCCAAGUUAAAUUUAUUUGUUUUCUUAACUUGCACUAAAUUUAAAUGUAUUUUAUUUUUGGGACUAAAUUUAAACUUUAAUUAGAUGCAAAUUUGGUAUAGGAGAACUACAUGUGUUGCUAAAAGAACAGUAGUACUCCUUGGUAGGCAUUGCCAGAUUAUGUUAUUAAUGUGCUUUGCAGUGCAAUACUAGUAUUUGUUUUUGUAUACCUGGUCUGACUUUUAAAACAUGUACACCUUUAAUGCUUGAAAUGUGUCAGCCCUCAGUUCUUUUUUUUUAUAAACUACUGUACAUUCCUACAAUGUUUUCCAUAAAUACAUACUUAGUGUUAGUUGAAUCACUAUAAUAUUAUGAAAGCUCUUCACCUGGUGUGAGUUAUCUAUGUAUGUAUCCAUGUAAGUAUG